AUGGGCAGCUGGACAUGGUGCACAGACAGAUGGUUUGUGAUUUUUUUGGCUGCCACAGGUUACCGUGUUCAUGCUCGAGAGUCUCAGGUGGAGACGGUCUUCCCUAAACCACACAGGUUUGAUUCUCAGCAUUGGAUUGAUGAUGCAGGUCGUGUGCGCAGUGAUCUCCGGUUUUUCACUUUUGGCUUUGGCCAUCAAGUAUGUCCCGGUCAACAUCUCGUGAAUCGGUCCAUCUUCAUCAUUACGGCUCUUAUUCUGUUUUCAGACACUGCAAACAUACAUGCUGCUCUGUUUGAGAUAUGUUUUAUGAAGAGGAUUGAUGAGAACGUGAUCAGAGAACUAUGCGCACCAGGCAAAUAA